AAUUGUUGAAAGGGGAUAUGGGGAAAGCAAAGCCCUCUGUAUCAGAUCUACCUCAUUCCAGUUAUUAUUAUUUAUUGGAAAAAGAUAAAUGUAGAUGGAUUGGCGUGAAAGAAAUUACAUCUGAUUGGCAGUAUGGGAGCAUACAACAUCAUGACAAGUCAAAAACUGUAAAUUUGCCAAAAUAUCCUUUUGUUUAUGGACUCAAGAACAAGUAAUCAAAUAUCUUAGAGUAGACCUCCAACUCCUUUUGGGAAAGUGAUUAAAAUGAAUUAUGGAAAUGAAGCAGCAGGUUUUAUAGAGAAUAUAUAUCGAAUGAGGAGUUAACGAAUUCCUAAGAAGCAGAUUAUACAAAACAACAAAUCAUAUUCUUUGAGAUUAGAGCAUAAUACUAAAAAUAAAGAAGAAGAGAAUAAAAAAUUCAAGAUAAAGAGAUUUUUAGAUAAUAAAAUCGAAAAUAUAUAUUAAUUAUGA